AUGUCGUUGCUCCUGCGCAGCCUUCCUACCGCCGCCGCCCUCCGCCCCAAACCGUCACUUCUCCUCCACCUCCCCAUCCUCCACCUCACCCUCCACCAUACCAGUUCCAGCCCAAUUAGACCCCUCCAAAAACGAGCCUUUUCCUCUAUGCAUUCUUCUUCUUUUCCCCCUCCUGAAACACUCAAUAUCCCUACUCCCAAGAAAAUGGUGAAUCCUUCCGUAUAUUCCAGCACAAACACCCUCGAAUGGGUCAACCGCACUGCUUUUUGUGGAGAGUUAUCCGAAUUGGAUGUUGGUAAACGGGUUCGCGUCUGCGGGUGGGUUGCCCUUCACCGGGUUCACGGGGGACUCACUUUCGUUAACCUGCGUGACCAUACUGGAAUAGUUCAGAUUACAACGCUCCCGGAUGAGUUUCCCGAGGCACAUUCAGUUGUGAAUAACUUGAGGCUUGAAUACGUGAUUGCCGUGGAAGGCUUGGUAAGACAUCGGCCCAGUGAGUCCAUCAAUAAGAAAAUGAAGACGGGCUUGAUAGAGGUUGCUGUUGAGAAUGUCCAAGUGUUGAAUGCAGUGAGGUUAAAGUUGCCUUUCUUGGUUACGACUGCAGAGGAUGCAAAGGAUUUUGUUAAAGAGGAAAUAAGACUGCGAUAUCGAUGCCUAGAUUUACGUCGGCCACAGAUGAACGCUAACAUUAUGUUGAGACAUAGAGUGGUCAAACUCCUUCGUAGAUAUCUAGAGGAUGUGCAUGAUUUUGUGGAGAUUGAGACUCCAGUUCUAUCUAGGUCGACUCCAGAAGGUGCUCGGGAUUAUUUAGUUCCUUCAAGAAUCCAGCCAGGGACAUUUUAUGCCUUGCCACAAAGUCCACAGCUCUUCAAGCAAAUGCUUAUGGUCUCCGGUUUUGAUAAAUAUUAUCAAAUAGCCAGAUGUUUUAGAGAUGAAGAUCUAAGGGCUGAUAGACAACCUGAAUUUACACAACUAGAUAUGGAAAUGGCCUUUACUCCUAUGGAGGAGAUGCUGAGGCUAAAUGAAGAUUUAAUUAGAAAGGUUUUUCUUGAGAUCAUAGGAGUUGAGCUACCAAACUCUUUUCCAAGGCUUACGUAUGCUCAAGCGAUGAGUCAAUAUGGUUCAGACAGACCAGAUAUUCGUUUUGACCUUCAACUGAAAGAUGUAUCUGAUGUUUUCUCAGACUCCUCCUUCAAGGUUUUUGCCGAUACUUUGGUUAGUGGGGGAAUUGUUAAGGCGUUGUGCGUGCCAUCAGGAGCAAAAAAUUAUUCAAAUACUGCUCUUAAAAAGGGUGAUAUAUAUAACGAAGCUAUUAAAUCUGGAGCAAGGGGUUUGCCUUACUUAAAGGUCUCGAAUAAUGGUGUCCUUGAAGGAAUACCUGCACUUGUAUCAAGUUUAGACACAAAAAAGCAAGAGCAGUUACUGAGCCAACUAUCUGCAAGCUCGGGUGAUCUUAUCUUGUUUGCAGUGGGUAACCAUGCAUCAGUUAAUAAAACCUUAGACCGGCUGAGGAUGCAUGUAGCCCAUGAGUUGGGCUUAAUUGAUCCUUCAAGGCAUUCAAUCCUGUGGGUGACCGAUUUUCCGAUGUUUGAGUGGAAUGAUUCAGAGCAGAGGCUUGAGGCCUUGCACCAUCCUUUCACUGCCCCUAACUCUGAGGAUAUGAAGGACCUUUCUUCUGCUCGUGCCUUAGCUUAUGACAUGGUGUACAAUGGAGUUGAGAUUGGUGGAGGAAGCUUGAGAAUUUACAAGCGUGAAGUUCAAGAAAAGGUUUUGGAAAUUGUUGGCAUUUCCCCUGAACAAGCUGAAGCAAAAUUUGGGUAUCUUUUGGAGGCUCUGGACCUGGGUGCUCCUCCACAUGGGGGAAUUGCUUAUGGGUUAGAUAGGCUGGUAAUGCUGUUGGCAGGUGCUCACUCCAUUAGGGAUGUUAUAGCUUUCCCAAAGACAACUACUGCCCAAUGUGCCCUUACUCGUGCGCCUUCUGAGGUCGAUCCUGAGCAGCUAAAGGAUCUCUCGUACAAGUCUACAGUUUCUUGA